AGGCAGGAACAGGGGGUCUGGAGCUGAAAAGCUCGCCGCGCAACCAACAACACAAUCCCAAAAAAUAAAAUAAAGGGGCGGCUGGCUUAUCACAAGGAGACGGUCCAUGAUAUAAGUGACACAAGCUGAGAUUCGGCCAAUUCGCCAACCUAGCCAUGCGAACCUCAAGCGUCGCAAAAGAGACGUCAAGGUUCUUCGACAACGCGCCCUCAGCAGCCGCACCGCUGCUGCUGCGCCGCUCGACGCGUUCAACCACGGACCUUGCUGCCCGCUUCUCGUCCACGGCCGACACCAAGCCCGCCACAGCCGACGACGACAUCACUUUUGGGUCCGACAUUGAAGAUGCCAUCAAGUCAUCUAGCCCGUCGCCACCUGCGGCGCGCAAGCGCACGGCCACGGUAGUGAAGCGCGUGCGCGCAUCGCUGCCGGCCGCCAAAGCCAUCAAGAAACAGAAGCUCGACGCAGAAGCGGUCAAGAUCAAGACGGAAGAAACCCUCUACCGCGAGUCCGACGAGUCCGGGUCCGGGUCCGAGUCCGAGUCGGCGUUCGAGGAGGAGUCGCCCGCCGCCAAACCCAAACCCAAGCCCAAGUCGCGCCAGCGCAAGCCCGCGCGCAAGACGAUCGACGCGGCGACGGGGGCGGCGACGGUGCAGCCACCGACGGACUGGGAGGACAUGUACGCGCUGGUCAAGGCGAUGCGGGUGUCGGGGCCGGCGGCGCACGCGGCCGUGGACACGAUGGGGUGCGAGCGGCUGGCGAACCCGGCGGCGAGCGCGCGCGACCGCCGCUUCCACACCCUCGUGGCCCUCAUGCUGAGCUCGCAGACCAAGGACACGGUCAACGCCGAGGCCAUGGCCCGCCUGCAGGCCGAGCUGCCCGCCGCUCCCGGCGUGCCCAGCGCCGCUCCCGGCCUGACCCUCGACAACAUGCUUGCCGUCGACCCCGUCGUGCUCAAUGAGUUGAUUGGCAAGGUGGGGUUUCAUAAUAACAAGACGAAAUACCUCAAGCAAGCCGCCGUGAUCCUGCGCGACCAGCACGGCUCCGACAUCCCGCCGACGGUCGAAGGGCUGAUGUCUCUCCCGGGCGUCGGCCCCAAGAUGGCGCACCUGUGCAUGGGUGCCGAGAACGGCUGGGACACGGUGACGGGCAUCGGCGUCGACGUGCACGUGCACCGCAUCACGAACCUCUGGGGGUGGCAGGAUCCGGCGACCAAGACGCCCGAGGCGACGCGGCUGGCCCUCGAGGCAUGGCUGCCGCGCGACCGCUGGAAGGAGCUCAAUUGGCUGCUCGUCGGCCUCGGCCAGAAGGUGUGUCUGCCUGUCGGCCGGCGCUGUGGCGACUGCGAGCUUGGCCUGCGCGGGCUGUGCCGCGCCGCGGACCGCAAGAAGGUCCUCGAGGGCCGGCGGCGGCGCGAGACGGAAAAUGUCAAGGUUGAGGUUAAAGUUGAGGUCAAGACGAUGGUCGACGACGAGGGCGACAGCAAGACUACUACUACUACUACCGUGGUGACCAAGACGGAGGAUCGCAUCGUCAAGAAGGAAGAGGAAUGGGAGGAGUUGGGCGUGAGAGACGUGGCGGUCAACGAGUCCGUCCCGGCCCCGCCGACAAAGAUCAAAACUAAAGAGCGACAGGCUCGCAGAGCGCCGGCCAGGGCCAUGAAGAGGUGAUGCAGGCUGCUAGCAGGCAGGCACGCACGGGUGAGAAAACCCGACUGAGUCACCCACUGCGUACGUGUGGGACGUCUCGUUCUGAUGCAUUCAUGCAGCGUUUACUCAUUCCAAGGUACGGUGCCACUGACCUGGUGGAACGACCAUCGUGUCAGGUAUUAUGAGUUUAUACGUAUGGUGCGGCGUGGCGGGCAUACUGGGUAAGACGGGCAGAAGCAAGAUGUAAUAACCUUCUAAUAGACCACAAUAAGACACAGCCAUGUAGUGCAAUGUAAUAUACUUCAACAUCCGCUUUAUUCUUCAACCUCUUCCGCCUCUCUCAGGACAACGGCGUAUCAGUUCUCACUGC